CCAUUCCAAGUGCUUUAGGUAAAAAUGAGCCGUAGAAUAAUGGAGAGAGAUCUACAAAGUCCUAGAUCACUUUCACAAGCUAGGCAUCGAAGAAAAUCAACAGAGGCAUUUCCAGAUGUAGCAAAAAUAAUUGAAAGUGAUUUGCUCGUCAAUGACCAAAACAAAUAUAGAUCAAUGUGGAUCCGAACAUACUCUUCUGUAUGUAUGCUUAUGUGCUUCAUAUUGGUUGUCUAUUUGGGUCAUCUUUACCUCUGGGGAAUGAUCGUCGUCAUCCAAAUCUUAAUGACAAGUGAGCUAUUCAAUUUGCUUAGAAGAGCUACUGAAGAUAAACGCCUCCCAGGAUUUAGACUUCUGAACUGGCACUUCUUCUUUACUGCAAUGUUGUACGUGUAUGGACGCAUUCUCGGCCAACAGAUAAUGCAUGCUGUAACUCCUGAAAAAUUCUUCUACAAACUUGCAACCAAAUUUAUGAAGUAUCAGAUGGUUAUUUGUUAUUUCUUAUACAUCACAGGGGUCAUGUGGUUCAUUCUAACAUUAAAGAAGAAGAUGUACAAGUAUCAAUUUAGUCAGUAUGCAUGGACACACAUGAUUUUGAUAGUAGUAUUCACGCAAUCCUCCUUCACUGCUGCCAAUAUCUUUGAAGGGAUAUUCUGGUUUCUCCUCCCUGCAUCACUUAUUGCGAUUAAUGAUGUGGCUGCUUAUUUCUUUGGUUUUUUCUUUGGGAAGACUCCUCUUAUCAAGCUUUCGCCAAAGAAGACAUGGGAGGGAUUUAUAGGAGCAUCAGUCACAACAGUUAUUUCAGCAUUUUUGCUUGCAAACGUUUUGGGUCGGUAUCAGUGGUUGACAUGCCCAAGAAGGGAUUUUGCCACAAGUUGGCUUGAAUGUGAUCCUGGUCCUCUUUUUAAGCCUGAAACUUUUGUGUUACCCGAAGAGAUAACUAGAUGGUUGCCAUGGAAAGAGAUUUUAAUCUUACCAGUUCAGUGGCAUGCUUUAUGCCUUGGCUUGUUUGCAUCAGUUAUAGCACCCUUUGGAGGCUUUUUUGCAAGCGGGUUCAAGAGAGCCUUCAAAAUCAAGGACUUUGGGGGUAGUAUUCCAGGACAUGGUGGUUUUACUGAUAGAAUGGACUGUCAGAUGGUAAUGGCUGUUUUCGCUUACAUCUACCACCAGUCCUUUGUUAUACCCCAAUAUUAUCCGGUUGAGGUCCUCUUGGAGCAGAUAUUAGGUAGCCUUACAUUUGAGGAGCAAGAGUUGCUACUUUCAAAACUGAAGGAGGUAAUAGAAGGGAGACAACUCCAAAACUGAUUCUCCUUACUCUUCUUUCCAUUUCUUUUACACAGAGAGAUGCAACAAUGCAUUCAGCUAUACUGGU